CGGCGCCGUGGGCAGCGCGCCCGGCGUCGCGACAUCAACGAGCCAGGGUUCCUGCGCAAGCUCGCGGUUACGGCCGCGCCCCGCAAGCGGUGCGAGCAGUGCUACGCCGCGGUUGCGCGCGCGGUCGGGCGCCUGCCCAAGAAGGACGACUGCGACGCCUGGGGCCGCAUCAUGGUGGACUACGCGGAGGACCUCUACCGCGCCGGCGACACGGUCACCGCUGCGAGGUACGCGUUCCACGGGGUCGCGCUCGUCAACGACUGGCCUCGGCGCUCCCCAGACUUGCUGCCCAAGACUCGGCUGUCCAUUCUGGCCUUCGCUAGGUCGCCCCCAGAGCGCUGCCGGGACCCGCCUGCGAUCGAGCUCGUGCUGCUCGUGCUCAACUACUUCCUCGACCGGGCGGUGGGCGAGGAUUGCUUGCGCAUGGCCCUCAUGGCCGCCCACGGGGCCAUCAGUUUUGAUUGCUACCUGCGGCCGUCCGAGGGCCUCGAGAUCACCGCUGGAGCCGUGGGGCGACCGCGCCGGGGCGCGGCCGCGCAGGGCUGGACCAUCAACGUGGCGCCAGCGGGGGUCGACGCCAAGCCGGCAGUGGUCUGCGAGGUGCUGGAGCUCCUGGUGGCCGACCUCCAGCCGAACGAUCGGGUGUUCAGGAUGCUCAAGCUGCCCGACCUCGAGAAGGAGUAUCGGGCUGCUUCAGGCGCGCUCGGGUUCCGCGCGGUUCCUCACGGGCUGCGGCAUGCUGGUCCGUCUCACGACGCCGUGGUCCACAAGGUAAAAAUAGAGGACGGGCAAGCACGCGGGCGCUGGGCCUCUCUGGAAUCGUGCCGGGUCUACACGAAGCCAGCGACCUUGGUGCGGUCACUGAACGCCGUGAGCGACGACCUCCUGGACCGCGCUGGUGCCCUGAAGGCGACCUUCAGCCGGAGGCUCCUGAGCGUGCUCCGCGAGGGGCUUGGAGUCUCGCCCAGCCGAGGCGGACUCAAGCGCAG